GUCAAGCGGGCAUGCUGACGCUUCUCUCCCCGGGGGGCGGGGACGGGACUGGGCUGUUCAACGACCUUCCGGUCCUGUCACCGUCCUUUCGCUCCCGCUCUUUUCCCCCCAACAACCGCGUGGUCCCCGGGGAAAGGCGAACUACAGUUCCCAGGGUGCGCCGCGAGGCCCCACGGAACUACAACUCCCGGCGCCCCCCGCGGCGGGGCGGCGUUGCGUCGCCUCCCCGGAGUCGGGCCGGGACCUCCGGGUCGCGCGGCGUUCCGGAGCGGCCGGGAGUUCGGGGAGGUGCCCGCGGAGGCCCGCGGGAGGCAGCGCGGGGCCUGGCGCGGAGGCCCGGGCCUGGGAGCCGCAGGCAUGCUGCGUCCCAAGGCUCUGACCCAGGUGCUAAGCCAGGCCAACACCGGCGGUGUCCAGAGCACGCUGUUGCUGAAUAACGAGGGAUCCCUGCUGGCCUACUCCGGCUACGGGGACACGGACGCCCGGGUCACCGCGGCCAUCGCCAGCAACAUCUGGGCCGCCUACGACCGCAACGGGAACCAAGCGUUUAAUGAAGACAAUCUCAAAUUCAUCCUCAUGGACUGCAUGGAGGGCCGUGUCGCCAUCACCCGGGUGGCCAACCUUCUGCUGUGUAUGUAUGCCAAGGAGACAGUGGGCUUCGGAAUGCUCAAGGCCAAGGCCCAGGCCUUGGUGCGGUACCUGGAGGAACCCCUAACUCAAGUGGCCGCCUCCUAGUGAGCCUCGGCUGAAGCUGGGCUCGGAAAAGAGCAAUGACCGUGUGGAGGGGCAGGGCCCACUAGGAACCCUUUCUGGGUGGUCGGGGGAGAGCGAGACUUUGCUUUUUCCAAGAAUAAACUUGAACUCCUACCUUG